GGGGUGGAGACAUCAACAGUCUGCUGUCUAAUACUGAAAACCCUGCUGCUCGCAUCGCCGUCAUCACUCACAACAACACUACUGACCUUGGAUCUGUAACAUUCAACCAUGUGCAGAGGACAUGAAACACUUCCUGCAACAUGCAUCCAAAGACCGAAAGACAUCAUUCACAAAAUAAGCUUCUUACUGCAGAAGCAUGAACCCCAAGCAGCAGAUCAGAAGCCGAUAAAAGAGAAGACUGACGCUGCCACCACUGCUGCAAAGAGCAUCCCUACUCCAGCUGAGGUGAAGAAAUGGAAGGAGUCUUUCAGCUACGUCAUGAGCAGUCAAAUGGGUCGUAUGGCCUUCGGCAAGUUCCUGAUGUCAGAAUUCAGUGUGGAGAACAUGGACUUCUGGGUCGCCUGCGAAAACUACAAGAAGUCCUCACCUUCCAAACUGUCGACCACAGCUAAGAAGCUCUACCAGCAACACGUUAAGGCAGAUGCUCCUAACGAGGUCAACUUAGAUGCGGCUACCAGAGAGGAAACAAGGCAGAACCUCGAGAACGUCUGCCCGUCUUGUUUCAACGAUGCUCAGAAGAUGAUCUACACCUUGAUGGAAAAAGACUCCUACAGGCGCUUCCUCAAGUCCAAACUGAUCCAGGAUCUGUGUCAGACACAGACCAUUGCGAAGGGGAAAAAAAACUGUAACUCUGCCGAGAACAGACAGGCGACGCCUAAACAGAAAGCCAACAUUUAAAACUAGAAGGAGGUGCCAAAGACUGAAAAUGUGUACUAAAUGGUAAACACUGGUAAAGAUAGGUUUGUUUUUGUGUAAUGUUUAUAGAAUAGAAUAACCAGUGCUUUAGAAGGUGACUUAAAGAUUAAUGAUGUUUACUUGGCGUUAAUUCCUGGAAGUCUUUGGCAGUCAGUUUUAUGUUGCUAUUGUAUGUCCACUUGUGCGUAUACCUGAAUAAGCUGUCACGUGUUUUUCCAAGUCACAAAGGCUGAUAGUGACUGAUUACAUAUUUUAUAUGUCAAUGCACAAGAAUGUUUAAAUGUUUGCUUCCGGUUUCACUGCAAAAACACAACAUGCUCUCGAGUCAUGGCCAGGUUAUAUUUAUACUCACAACAGAAAACAAUCUAAAGCUACCUCCACCCAACAGACACACCUUCAGACAACCCCACUGCUAGUGGAGCCUGUUGUCAUCGGAACGGUGUGAAAUACUUGUAUUAUUUGAGUGAUAACUCGAUGCAAACUCGUUAUCUUUAAAGUAAUAUAUCAAGUUCUUUAUAAGAAGGACCCACUUAACUGUAAUUGAUGAGAACACAGACAUCAAAAAUCAUACACAGUGAUAUUCAGUGAUAAGCAUUAUAAAAAUAAAGAUGGCUAACCUAUCAGUAUUUAAACGACUAGUGUUUAAUUGUGAUGAUCAUCAGUAACCCUGUAUGUAUUCAUCUGCUGUGCAGUGAUGUUUGGCUGCAGUCUUUCGUUACUUACCCAUUAGCUUUACAUUUGCUACAAGUUUUUAAUUUCCUACUCACUACGACUUAUUGUAUGUUCAUACAUCAGCAGAUGGAUGAUGUUGAUGUCUAUGUUCUCCUCACCUCAAGUAAGUAAGUUAUUGAUCUAAAAGAUCGAUCUGCUGUAUAUCUCAAAGCGUAACCAUAGCGGUGCUGUACAAACAUCUCGACCAGAUCCCUGCACCAUGCAAAUGUUGGCUUUGUCCACAUCUAGUGUGGAUUUUAAGCACACUUUAUUAUUUCAUUAUUGAUUUUCUGUUGCAUGUCAUUUAUACCAAACAGUGGGACAAAAGGUCAAAUUGUGACUCAUUCGAUUGAUUUUGAGGAGUUCCCCUGUAGGUCAAACGGUGUUGUUCAGAUGAUAAUGACUGUAAUUUGUGCAGGGUACUUAAAGCUAGGGUCGGUAAUGUUGAGAAAUUAGCUAGGGUAUGCUAGAUUUAAAAAAUUAUAUACAACCGAAAAACCAAGUGAUUUAUCGAUUGCUGUCGGGAUAUGAUGAGAAUUUCAACAAAUAAUCAAAAAAUGUUUUUGAGGAACAUUACCAACCCUAGCUUUAAUAGUGUCUUCACUUCAAUUGAAUGUAUUUUGGUGGCCUUGCAUACUAAAAUGUAUACUGUGAUAGUAAAAAAAACUUGCUACUGUGCGUUUAGAUAUUUAUUAAAUGAUGUUGUUGCCCUAUUUAUAU